CUUGCCUCUUGCCACCCUCCAGCCCACCGGUUGGAGAGGGAAAGAUGGGUCUGAGUCACUAGUGAGGGGGAGGGCAGGACUUAAACAAGCGUUGGCCGUGGCAUCCCCACAGAAGGCCUGCCAGGCUGGACGGACAGACAGCAGACAGAAGACCCAUGUGGAACCCAAGGAUGCAGCCGCCCUGCUGAGAGCACGGCGGCCCAUUUCUGGAGACCGUGACCUCGAGACGGUGGCCCUCGGCCCCUCACCUCCGGCUGGGGCGGGGGCCGCCCAUCUCCAAGUCCCCAGCCAUGACGACCUCCGCACUGCGGCGCCAGGUCAAGAACAUCGUGCACAACUACUCGGAGGCAGAGAUCAAGGUGCGCGAGGCCACCAGCAAUGACCCGUGGGGCCCGCCCAGCUCGCUCAUGUCCGAGAUCGCCGACCUGACCUUCAACACAGUGGCCUUCGCAGAGGUCAUGGGCAUGCUGUGGCGGCGGCUCAACGACAGCGGCAAGAACUGGCGGCACGUGUACAAGGCGCUGACGCUGCUGGACUACCUGCUCAAGACGGGCUCUGAGCGGGUGGCCCACCAGUGCCGCGAGAACCUCUACACCAUCCAGACGCUCAAGGACUUCCAGUACAUCGACCGGGACGGCAAGGACCAGGGCGUCAACGUGCGUGAGAAGGUCAAGCAGGUGAUGGCCUUGCUCAAGGACGAGGAGCGCCUCCGGCAGGAGCGGACCCACGCCCUCAAGACCAAGGAGCGCAUGGCGCUGGAGGGCACGGGCAUUGGCAGCGGGCAGCUGGGCCUCGGGCGCUCUCGCGGUUCCCCGUCCUCCUACAACUCCUCCUCCUCAUCCCCCCGCUAUACCUCGGACUUGGAGCAGGCCCGGCCCCAGACGUCAGGAGAAGAGGAACUGCAGCUGCAGCUGGCCUUGGCCAUGAGCCGGGAGGAGGCUGAGAAGCCGGUCCCCCCAGCAUCCCACAGGGAUGAGGAUCUACAGCUGCAGCUGGCUCUGCGUCUGAGCCGGCAGGAGCAUGAGAAGGAGGUGAGGUCCUGGCGGGGAGAGGACUCCCCUGUGGCCAAUGGUGCUGGGGCCCCGGUCCGCCAUUGGCAAGACAAAGAGCCGGAGAGAGAAGAAAGAAAGGAGGAGGAGAAGCUGAAAACCAGCCAGUCCUCCAUCCUGGACUUGGCAGACAUCUUCGCACCCACCCCGGCCCCGCCCUCCACCCACUGCUCCGCUGACCCAUGGGACAUCCCAGGUCUCAGGCCGAACACAGAGCCCAGUGGCUCCUCCUGGGGGCCUUCUGCAGACCCCUGGUCUCCUGUUCCCUCAGGAAGCACCCUGUCCAGAAGCCAGCCCUGGGACUUGCCCCCUAUGCUCUCCUCCUCUGAGCCCUGGGGCCGGACCCCAGUGUUGCCCGCCAGACCCCCUUCCACAGACCUCUGGGCACAGAACUCCCCCCAACACAAACUCCCCAACACUGGGGCUGACCCUUGGGGGACCUCAGUGGAGAUCUCCAGUGCACCUGCUCUAGGUGGUACCUCACCCUUUGACCCAUUUGCCAAACCUCCAGUAUCCACAGAGACCAAGGAGGGGCCAGAGUGUGCCCAGGCCCUGCCCUCUGGGAAGCCCAGCAGUCCCGUGGAGCUGGACCUGUUUGGAGACCCCAUCCCCAGUUCCAAGCAAAAUGGCACCAAGGAACCAGAUGCCUUUGACCUGGCUGUACUGGGGGAGACGCUAACCCAGCCCAGCCAGGAGGCCCGAGCAUGCCGGACUCCAGAGUCUUUCCUGGGCCCUUCAGCCUCCUCUUUGGUCAACCUUGAUUCAUUAGUCAAGGCGCCCCAGGCUGCAAAGACCCGAAACCCCUUCCUGACAGGUCUCAGCGCUCCAUCCCCCACCAACCCCUUCGGAGCGGGCGAGCAGGGGAGGCCGACCCUGAACCAGAUGCGCACCGGGUCGCCGGCGCUGGGCUUGGCGGCCAGCGGGCCGGUUGGGACGCCCUUGGGCUCCAUGACCUACAGCGCCUCCCUGCCCCUCCCGCUCAGCAGCGUGCCGGCCGGCGUGACCCUCCCCGCCUCCGUGAGCGUCUUCCCGCAGGCGGGCGCCUUCACGCCGCCGCCCGCGAGCCUGCCGCAGCCACUGCUGCCUACGUCGGGUUCCGCCGGGCCGCUCCAGCUGCCCCCGCAGGCCGGCACCAACCCCUUCCUCUGA